GUGAUGACGUUUUAUUCAGACGUUAGGUCACAUGGUGGAGGAAAUGGCGGAAGGACUUUGCAAAAAGCUUCACGUCCCUGUUUUUAAACUCUAUCUUGUUUGUUUUCUAUUCAGUAGUUAUUGUUUUAACAUCUGUUUAUGAUGGAUGUUCCUGUGUGUGUGAUGUUCAGCGCGGCGGUUCUGAUUCGGUUCGUGCUGUUGUGUUUCGGUGUUUAUCAGGAUCAGAAUCUGACAGUAAAAUACACUGAUGUGGAUUAUCACGUGUUCACUGACGCCGCCAGAUUCAUCACACAGGGCGCGAGUCCGUACAACCGAUCGACUUUCCGUUACACGCCGCUGCUCGCGUUCAUCCUGACGCCCAACAUCCUCCUCAACGUUCACUGCGGGAAACUGCUGUUCUGUGCCGCGGAUCUUCUGUGUGGACUUCUCAUCUUCAGGUUACUGGCUCUUCGUGGUGUGUCGCGGAGCUCCGCAUAUGUUUACUGCGGCCUGUGGCUCCUCAACCCGCUUCCCAUUGGAGUGUCGACACGUGGGAAUGCUGAGUCUCUGCUGGCGGCGCUGGUUCUGUCCACACUUCUGUGUCUGGAGUCCAAGAGACGGACGGCCGCAGCGCUUCUGUUCGGUCUGUCCGUUCACAUGAAGAUCUAUCCGGUCACAUAUGCACUGCCCAUCACGCUCUCACUGGUGAAACCGGCGUCUGCUCGAGGAUUCUUCCAGAACUUCAUGAGAUGUUUCAAUAAAGAUAUCGUUCUGUUUCCUGCUGUUUCUGCUUCUGUGUUCUUCAGUCUCAAUCUCACUUUCUAUUACAUGUAUGGUUGGGAUUUCCUGCACGAGUCGUAUCUGUAUCACGUGACCCGCACAGAUAUUCGUCAUAACUUUUCUCCAUAUUUCUACAUGUUGUAUCUGACAGCGGAGCGGCACUGGAGUGGUGGACUGUCCAUCAUCUGUUUCCUGCCGCAGUUUCUCCUGCUGCUCGUCUCUUCACUGGCGUUUCACAACGAUCUUCCGUUCUGUUGUUUCAUUCACACCGCUGUGUUUGUCAGCUUCAACAAAGUGUGCACUUCACAGUAUUUUCUCUGGUAUCUGUGUUUACUGCCGCUGGUUUUGCCUCGUCUGAGCUUCAGUUUGAAUCGAGGGUUCCUGCUGCUGCUGUUGUGGUUUGUUGGACAGGCUGUGUGGUUGAUUCCUGCGUAUUAUCUGGAGUUUGAGGGCUGGAACAGUUUUGCUCUUGUUUGGAUCGCUGGUCUGCUGUUUCUUCUCAUAAACUCCUUCAUUCUGGCUCAAAUCAUCUCUCAUUACAGACCUGCAGAAGUCCAGCAAAAGAAAACAAACUGACAGACAAACAUUUAAACAUUCACUGUAUUUAACAUGAUUAUGUUUGAACAUUUCUCAUGAAAAUGCUGUACUAUAAAUAGGAAAAUAAAACAUGAACUGUUCUGUAAAUAUUUCCAUCAUGUAAAAUUGUAAAAUAGUUUUUCAUAAAUUUCUCUUAAAAAUGGUAAAUAUUGUCUUUCUUUGGCACUAAAUAAGGAUAUUGAUCUAGAUAUCUUCAGAAGGCCAGCAGAUGAUGUGAGACAGCUUUUGUGUAUAUUUGAGGAUAUGAUCUGUCUCACUGACAUGAUCAUGUUGCAUGAAAACAAACAAUAAGUUUGAGUGGAAUUAUUUAAAACUUCAAUAAUUGAGUCAGAUCAAUCCCGCUCACAGAAGAGAACGUUUACUCAUGUGAAGUAUUUGUAAUUGUGUCAUUUAAUGUGUCUAGUGUCUGAAAGUGUUCAGAAUAUGACCAUAUUGAAAUGUCUCAAUACCAUUAUAUUUACAUAUAUGCAUACGGCAGACACAGUUGCAAUAGGAACACAAUCCUAAAACAUACAAGGAAAUAUGGAUUUUCAAAAUGAAACAGCGGUACACCUUUUUAUGUACAAGAGUUUUUUAUGUUAUGUAAAAAAAAAAAAAAAAAAAAAAAGUUUGACAGGAAGACACAUGUGAUUGUUGCUUUGCAGCUACAAAGUUGCCUAAAACAUUUCUGAAUCUGUUAAUGUUUAUCGCUGCUGUUGAAUGCCAGAGGUGAAAAGUCACAUUAAAAUCCUUCCUGAAAAAGUUUGUAGAUAUUUGCUAUUUUACAAUAAAUACAAAUGAAAAAUAAAUCCUCAAACGACAGGUAUAGAAGAUAUGUCAAAAUGACAUUGUGUCCCGAAGGGUUUCUUUCUAUUAGUCCCAUUAGUGCAAGUUUAUUGAUUAAUAUUUUGACAAAAACAUUAAAAUAGAAGUUUUAUAUGAAGACAGAGUUAAAAGCUCAAAAGUUAGGACCACACUAUUAAAAGUAAUCAAAUGUUUGGCAUUUUUAUCAAUGAUGAAGUGAAUCUAAUGUGAAUACAUUUAAGAGCUUGAAUAUUAUUUUACACUGUUAUUAGUAACUGAAACUUGGUGUUUUAACACCUUUUGUCAAAUUUAUGAUCAAAUAAAUAAAAAUAAAAAAAAACUACUUCAGAAUAAAUUUUUCACUUGACCUUUUAAUACUGAUUAAAAUAAACACAGAUUUAAUAAAACAAUUGUUUCUAAAAAAUAAAAAUUCAUGAAAACAAAAUCUCAGCAUUCACAUCAUUAACCUUCAAUCUUCAAAAAAAAUAUAUAUAUAUAUAUAU